GGGCGGCUGGCGGCCAUGCUGCGCGGCUGGGCGGCCGUGCUGCGGAGGGCGGCGAGUGGCGGCGGCGGCGGAGGGCAGGCGCCGGGGCAGGGCUCGGAAUCAGCGCGGCCGCAGCCACUGGAUCCGUCGCUGCUGCGCUUCCUGGUGUGCCCGCUGUCCAAGCGGCCGCUGAGGUACGAGGAAGCCACCAACGAGCUCAUUAACGAGGAGCUAGGCAUUGCGUACCCUAUCAUCGACGGCAUUCCAAACAUGAUCCCGGACGCAGCCAGGACGACUAAGAAGAAGCCCCCAGCGGAGGACUCGAAGCAGCCUUGA